CCUCCCAGAAACCCAAACUCUGGCCCCGUGAUGCUCGCCCACACGCGCCUCCCGCCUCCGCCUCCGCAUCCCGCCCAAAUCCUGCCCGCCCGCCUCGCCGGAGGCGGCGGUAUGGAGUUCCGCCGCAAGCUCCACUUCCUCUCGGCCGAGCUCCAUCUCGACCCGUUCCCGCUCCUCGCCCUUCAUCCUGAGCUCCGCUCCGCGCCGCUCGCGCUUCUCCAUGCCUCCCUCCGCCUCCUCCUCUCACACGGACUCUCCGCCGGCGACGCCUCCCGCGUCUUCUCGGCAUUCCCGUCGCUCCUCACCUCUCCUCCUGAGGAGUCCCUCCGCUUCCUCUCCGCCGCCGCGCCGCUACCCCCUCCUCUCCUCCGCGCCGCGGUGGUCCGUUCCCCUCGCCUCCUCGCCGCGUCCAUCCCGGACACCCUCCGCCCCGCGCUUUACUUCCUUCGCCACCGCGUUUCCCUGCGACGGAGACCCCUUCCGCUCGCUGCUGCCCUGCUCCUCGCUUUCUCCGUCGACCGCACACUCCUCCCCAAGCUCCUCUUCCUUGGCAAAGCCACGGGGCUCCCAGACCGCGCCAUCUGCACCAUUAUUCGCCGCGCCCCCGCCAUUCUCUCCUAUGGUAUCGAGACCAACCUCACGCCCAAGCUCAAGUUCCUCGCCGACGGCAUGAGCAUGGACCCAGCCGCGGAGCUCACCGAGUUCCCACACUACUUCGCGUUCAGCUUGGAGGGGAGGAUCAUGCCGAGGCACGAAGCAUUGAGGCUGAGGGGCGUUGAUAUGUCACUAAAGGAAAUGCUCAAGAGCAGCGAUGAUGAGUUCAAGGAGCGGAUCUUAGAUGCAACGCUGUCGGGCAAUAUGCAGAGGAUGUGAACCUGCACUCAGAAGGAGGGAGAUGGGACUACUCUUUUGAAAAUUCCUGGGAGGCGAGAUAAGUUGCAGGUGCCGAUGAUACCAGUACAGGUGACGCAACCGAGCUCAAGUGGGAGCUCGAUGAAGAUCUUUUCGUUGCUAUGUUUCUUUUCUGAAUGAUCAGUAGUGGAGCCCCGUUGGGAUGAUCGUGGAUCUAGCAUUUGUGGUUGUCUUUCUUUAUUUUGGUUCUGUAGUCGGACCUUCGAUUGUAAUUUGGAUGAUGUAUGGAUUAUUUAUGUACGGUGUGGUGAUUGUAA